AUGCCUACAAGGCGAGUGAUGUUCUCCCAGGCUCUGCAAAGGUCGGAGAGCGGCAAAGCCGAAAUCGGACUCCCUGCAACCUCGUGGCGCCACCCCGGGGGAUCGGGAGGACGCGGUGAGUGGUCGGGGAGGGACAAGCGGGUCCGCGGCGGCGGGGGCAGUGCCUCGAGCCCGCCUUCUCCUCCCUGGACUCCUGAAGUUUGCAAUGGGAGCGACUCCCGCCCCGGCAGCCCCCUGCCGCCCGGCUCAGAGAGAGGACGUACGGGGCCGGCAGCCGCCCAGGCGAGCGGGAAUCUCCUGUGCGGCGCCGCGGGGCCCGGGGACGUCGGACCAAACCUUGUACUGGGGCUCCCCAAGCGCCCCGCGCCGGCCCUGAGGCCCCAGAAGGGGGCUCGCUCCCCGACGACCUUUUACCCUCAGCAAGGAGCACAAACUCCUGGGGCUGCUGCUCGGGGCCACCGUCUGCAGUCCCCGGCUGGACCCGCCCAGGCAGGGUCGCCCCCUCCCCUCCGCGGGCACCGGCUGGCCCCACCCCCUCCGAGACCAAGUCCGGCAACUUUGGCCAAGAAGCCCUGGAGCCUUCCAUGGCGAGACCCGGCCCGGCCGCUCCGCAUGGGCUCCGCGGGCUCCGCGUCCGGCAGCGCGGGGCCGGCAAGGGGGCCUUGCCGAGGGCCGCUGGCCACAGGGUUGAGGCCAAGACGGGCAGACCCUGGGCUCAGGGAUUUGGUGUGGAGGCUCGGGGUGCGGAGUGCGUCACCAGGGAGCAGGCACCUCGGCUGGCCGGCAGCACCUCUGGCACGGAAGCCAACCAGGUGAGGCUGGCUUCAGAGGGGACAGGCAGGUGCACCUGUCCCAGCGUCUGGCUGAGAUAGGCCUCCAGGCGGCCUUUCUGCUCUUCCUAAGCAGGGAGCUGCUGGGUGUGGUUGGGUACCCUCCGACUCGGCCUGGUUUGUAACAGGUCCCCUUAUCGUUCAAGGAAAAGCCACAGGGCCUGGCAGCAAGGGAGUGGGCCCUCUGCCCACCGCCCACUCCCGCCCGCCACCUAAUCCCUGCUGGAUCGUGUGACCCGCCUGGCAUUCCCUGACUUGGAAUCUGGCGCUUCUGACAGCAGUUGCUAUAUUGGGGAGCCGGGCGCCGCCCUGGACACUUGAGGCCCCCCCUUACACUCCCUGCUGUGUUCUUGUUCA